GGCGCUUGCGCUGUGGCACGAGCGAGUGGGGGGGCGAGGAGGUGGAGGAGGAGGAGGAGGAGGAGGCGGCGGCGAGAAGAUGGCGACUUCGAACAAUCCGCGGAAAUUCAGCGAGAAGAUCGCCUUGCACAAUCAGAAGCAGGCGGAGGAGACAGCGGCCUUCGAGGAGGUCAUGAAGGACCUGAGCCUGACGCGCGCCGCGCGGCUUCAGCUUCAGAAGUCCCAGUUCCUGCAACUGGGCCCGAGCCGUGGCCAGUACUACGGAGGCUCCCUGCCCAACGUGAACCAGAUCGGGAGUGGCACCAUGGACCUGUCCUUCCAGACACCCUUCCAGUCCUCAGGCCUGGACACCAGCCGGACCACCCGACAUCAUGGGCUAGUGGACCGAGUGUAUCGGGAACGUGGCCGGCUUGGCUCCCCGCACCGCCGGCCCCUGUCAGUGGACAAACAUGGACGGCAGGCCGACAGCUGUCCAUACGGCUCCGUGUAUCUGUCACCACCCGCGGACACCAGCUGGAGGAGGACCAAUUCAGACUCCGCCCUUCACCAGAGCACAAUGACGCCCACCCAGUCAGAAUCCUUUACGGGUGGAUCUCAGGAUGCACACCAGAAAAGAGUCUUACUGUUAACAGUCCCAGGAAUGGAGGAGGCCACGACCGAAGCAGAUAAAAACCUUCCCAAGCAAGCGUGGGACACCAAGAAGACGGGGUCCAGGCCCAAGUCCUGUGAGGUCCCCGGAAUCAACAUCUUCCCAUCCGCCGACCAGGAAAACACUACAGCCCUGAUCCCCGCCACCCACAACACGGGGGGCUCCCUACCCGACCUGACCAACAUCCACUUCCCCUCCCCCCUCCCGACCCCUCUGGACCCCGAGGAGCCCACCUUCCCCGCGCUGAGCAGCUCCAGCAGCACUGGCAACCUCGCCACCAACCUGACGCACCUGGGCAUCGGCGGCACCGGCCAGGGGAUGAGCACGCCGGGCUCCUCUCCACAGCACCGACCUGCUGGUGUCAGCCCGCUGUCCCUGAGCACAGAAGCAAGGAGGCAGCAGGCCCAGCAGGUGUCGCCCACCUUGUCCCCACUGUCACCCAUCACUCAGGCCGUGGCCAUGGACGCCCUGUCUCUGGAGCAGCAGCUGCCCUACGCCUUCUUCACCCAGGCUGGCUCCCAACAGCCGCCCCCGCCGCAGCCCCAGCCCCCGCCACCUCCACCGCCGGCGUCCCAACAGCAGCCGCCCCCGCCGCCGCCUCAGGUGCCCGUUGGCCUACCCCCGGGAGGCCCUCUGAUGCCAAGCGCCAGCCUGACGCGGGGGCCACAGCUGCCCCCGCUCGCGGUCACGGUACCGUCCUCUCUCCCCCAGUCCCCCCCAGAGAACCCGGGCCAGCCAUCGAUGGGGAUUGACAUCGCCUCGGCGCCGGCUCUGCAGCAGUACCGCACUAGCGCGGGCUCCCCGGCCAACCAGUCUCCCACCUCGCCUGUCUCCAAUCAAGGCUUCUCCCCCGGGAGCUCCCCACAACUGGAGCAGUUCAACAUGAUGGAGAACGCCAUCAGCUCCAGCAGCCUCUACGGCUCCGGCUCCACACUCAACUACUCGCAGGCGGCCAUGAUGGGCCUCACGAGCAGCCACGGGAGCCUGCAGGACACGCAGCAGCUGGGCUACUCCAGCCACAGCGGCAUCCCCAACAUCAUCCUCACAGUGACAGGAGAGUCCCCUCCUAGCCUCUCUAAAGAACUAACCAGCACUCUGGCCGGGGUCAGCGAUGUCAGCUUCGACGCUGACAACCAGUUCCCCCUGGAUGAACUCAAGAUCGACCCCCUGACCCUCGACGGACUGCACAUGCUCAAUGACCCUGACAUGGUCCUCGCUGACCCGGCCACUGAGGACACCUUCCGGAUGGACCGUCUGUGAGCGGCCAUGCCUGGCACAGUGCCGCCGGUCCAUGGUCUCCGACGGCGUCCCUCCAAGCCUGGGGGCGGCCACACUCCGUCCCUCGCAAACGGCCGAGCUUGUGAUUCUGAGCUUGCAAUGCCGCCCGGCGCCCCCACCAGCCCGCCCCCGGUUGUUCACCUCCCGCUGAAGCCCGGCGAGGCCCCGAGCUGGGCCCUCCGGUCCGUCCGUCCGCCUAGGGCCAGGCUGGGGUCAGAGGCUGUGAGUCCUCACUCCCGCAGACCCUCCCUGCGCUCGCUCCUCUCCUACCCCGGGGCCGGGCGCGAGCCCCCCACAGGAUGCUGAGAGUGGGGUGUCAGGAGGCUUGGGGUGGGUGUCUGGGCCGAGGUGCACUCUCCGACUGUUGAUGAGCUCUCACUGCCUUCCUUCAUCCCGUCCCUGCGACCGCCAGCCCCAGCCCUCGAUCAGGUAGACAGCGGCCCCACCUGCCGAGGCAGAAGGUGCCAGAGGAGGGACAGGCAGAGUGAAAUAAACACUAUUUUGAUGGCCGUCUUCUAUUUUCUGAGCACACUCAAAAGCACUAGGCGCUGUCCCGGGCGAACGUUAGGUGUGACCCAGCAUGCGGAGCGGCCGGCGCCCCUCGCCCUCCCACCCCUUCAGCCCAGCCAGGGCCUUCUGUCCUGAGAUGCCCAGACAGACUGAAGCAGACCACAGCUGCCCCGGGCAGGGAGGACCUGGGGUCUUUAUCUCCCUUUCCCUGUCCUGUGGUCACGUUAGAGGUACAUACUGUUACUAAGACGUGGGGGGUCGGGCGGGUAGGUGGCCAGGGAAUCUCUGUCGUGAUUUUUUUUUCUUCUUUGGUUUGUAUUUACAUUUGGUUGUAGAUGAGUAGCUGAAUCUUUCCAGCCAACACUUGCCUGAGAGCAUGAUUUUAUAAUCCCAGAAUCCUGUGUUCCCCAUUUUUAAGCUAACUGGAAACGUGGGCUGAUAAACCUAGGAGCGGUGGCCACCCGCAGGCCCAAACCCGAGCCUCGGACUUUCUUAGUUUUGCGGCCACCAAGAGGCCACCUAAGGCCCCGCCUGUCAGAAGCUCGUGAUGGCUAAAGAGGCCGCUGUUGGUGCAUGAAGCAGACUUUGGGGACAUCACCCGUUUUAUGGGAGGGUCUCUGCAAGACCUGACUCCGCCUGCUGCUCCCCAGUGUGUCCCCAAGCCUCACCUUGAAGACCCCAUGACUGGGGCCUCUGCGCCAAGGGCAUCAGGACCAGUGGGAAAGAGUGGACCCCUGAGAGCCAGGGCAGAGCUGGCCUUUCGUCUCCUGCACCCUGCCCUCUCUGGCUCCCGAUCCAGGCCUCUGAUGGGCCUUGUGUCCCAGCCACCAGUUUUUGGUGCCUCAGCCAGGGCCGAGGGGACUUGGAGGCAAAGGGCAGCGUGUGUCUUAGUGGCAGGUUUGCAGGUGCUUUGAGAAGUGCCUCUGGAGGCCAAGGUUGCAGUGGGGCACCCGGAGUGGCCUCAGACACUGCCACCACAGGCCCUGUGACAGGCAGUGGCACAGCUGUUUUCUGUCUCCCGCUCUGGGAUGUGACACUCUUGGGUUUUUCCUCUGGGUUGCACCUUGACGCCCUCGCCUGCGCCUCUGCCCACCAGGCUGGCACCUUCUGCUGGGUGCGUUUCUUUGUGGUGUCGCAGCUGCCACCUCCGCCAGGUCACAGGAGCCCUCAUUCUGUCCUCCAGAGCUGCAUUUGAUACUAGCACCGUUCCUCCCUCUCCUUCCCAGUGACACUGUUAGCACAUGGCCAAGCAGCCAGGUGGCAACUGUCCUCCUGGGUCACUGUGCACCUGCUGCUGUCCGUCACUCUGGGCUUGAGCACAGCAUGAGACAGUGCCCAGGUCACAGCCCAUUCUGCUGCUGGGAUGGAGGCCGGAAGCAAAAAGUGGGGACAUUUUUUUUUUUUUUUAAGAAAAACUGUACACGGGAGGCUUUGGUUACAUUAGACUUGUAUGUAGAACUUUAAAAAAUGGCCUUAAUAAAAUCCCACACAACCUGCCUGGGCACAGUUUUCAAAUAAGGCGUUGGGGACCUCACAAAGGAGCCUCAUGGGCCGCCACUAACUGUCCAUUGAGCCACUGGCCAAUGCCACCGCCAAUGCUCUUUCAGGCUCUUGGUGCAGACAGCCGAGAGAGGAGGGACAGUGCCCUCUGAGCAUCCCAGGUUUGUGGCCCGUCUCCAGUGUCCCACAGCCAGGACCACAGGUGACAUUGUAUAGAUGCAGUGGCCUUGGCUCAUCGCCAAGUUCUUUUUCCAGUGGGAAUGAGGUGAUCAAGGUCAGGGCUUCCUGGGAAGGUGCGGGGCCUUGUUCGUUCUCGGGGCCAACUGGGAGCCAGCAGCCAGGCGUCCCCGUGUUCUGGAAACGCUCACCCCCUCUGCACCUGGGCAGGCCACCUGGGCUCUGAAACGGGAUUUUGUGGGGGUCUUUUUUUAGAUGUCACUUCUCUACUAAAUAUUCCUGAAUUGCCAAGACUUUCUAAAACAAGACAGUUUAAGGGAACCAGCCCUGUGCUUUGUGACGUGAAAAUACUGUGAUUUAGACGCGCUGCACCAGGAGGGCCAGGCCAGGGGCCCCUGCAGCAUGUAUAUAGCCCCGCCGCUCGUGUCCUCGUUUGGGACAGGCUUGGAUACCCGGCCCUUGCCAGGUCAGAGGCAGGGCCAGGCCAGCCGUUCCCCCAGCCCUACCCAUGUACUCCCGGCUUUGGCCAGGCCCCUCCGCUUUGCAGACCCUCCCCCAGGGCAGAAGCAAGACAGGGGGCUUCUGAGAACACCACGUCCCCACCGCCUCUUCUACCCCCGCCCUCUGGGUCCCAGGGGGGUGCAUUUGCUCCCCCACAAGGCUCAGAGCCAGAGCCUCUGGGUCAGCCCCUUUGUGCUCCGGGCGUUUUGCUCCACAGGGCCCCACCUGGGACACUCCUCUCUGGUGCCACCUUCUUGUGGCUCUUCAGUGCUAUGGAGGAAGAUUCUGACAUGGUGUGAUUUCUCCAGGUGGCCCAGCUCUCUGGAGGACACAGCAGGGUCCCCUACAGAGGCCCGUGUUUCAUGGUGGGGCAUGGAAUGGUGGCCAUGGCUUUUUGAUGGACGUGGGACAUCACAGCCAGGGCUGCUGGCCAGCAGCUGCCUAUAGCCGCUCGGGGGCACAGCCCAGGGAGGGAUAGGCAGGGCCAGACAGCUGGGCAGCCACCCUGUGUCAGUGCCUGUCCCUAGAGGGGGCUCAGGGACCCCCAGCCCUCCUGUCUUGGUGGGUCCUCAGCUGGUCCAAACCAAACACUCUUCCAAAUCCCCACCUGAUCUGGCUCCCGGUUUUCUGUAUUUCCAAAGAAGGCCUCGAGCGCCUGGCGAGCUGGGCGUGGUGAGGCCAGGUGGCACUGGGCCUCCACGCCCUCCAGUGGUUCCUGAUGCAGCUGGUGGCCAGAGGUCACAGGGUCCUCAGUGUGGGGGUGGGUGAGGGGCCCUCAGCACCAGGGGCCCCAACGCCAAUGAUAGGAAGUACCCUUGAUCCUGGUGCAUUGUCACCCUGCAGGUGACACUCCAGGUGAGGGGACCAUGACUCCUGGAGCCCUCCCCACAUGGCCUGGAGAGCUUGGGGAAGACUCAAUCCUUUACAACCCCCCGAGGAUGCUUGGGGUGCGGAGGCAGCAGGGUCCCUUUAAGCCGCAUUCUCCUUGGCCCCCGAGUCCCCAUUUCCUACAGGGGUCUUCUGGCAUUUGACUUGGUGUCCCUGGGACAUCCCCCUCAGGUGUGCCCAGUCAACUUGGCCUGAGCCAACCAUGUCCUUGGGUUCUUUCUAAGGAGUUCCGGCCAGCCAGGGCUCGGGUACCACUCAGAGCCCUCCGUGUGGUAUGAGUGUCCCUUCUACCUUUGUCACCCAGGGACAGGAGGUGGGUGACCUGCAUCCCAGGCCUGGGUGCGAGGCUACUCCCAAGGGCAUGGGGUCAGGAGUGAGCCCCAUGGGACCUGAGCCUCAGUUUCCCUCCUGUCACUUUUUAAACCCGAAGGUCUCAGGGCCCCCAGCUCCCUGGCCGGGGUCGGGGGCAGAGGCUGGCCUUGGGAUGGUGCUGGUUCCAGAUGGCUCCAUCCACCUUUCUCCACGUGGCUCGUGUUAGGGGUGGGGGUGGUCUCACAGGGUCUGGGAUCAAUCCAUGUUCGGCCUUGCUCAGCCCAGCUGGUCAAGCACUUCUGACCUCCUGCCCACUGGGGACAUGGGGACAUAGCCACGGCCUCGCACCACACCCGGGAGACUGGGCUUUGGCAGCCCAGGUCCACAGGCCCUGCCUUGCCCCCACUAGGAACUGCCCCCCAGGGGCUGGGCAGUCCCAUUGAUAUAUGCAAACCUGCUGGUCCAAGCCCCGCCCUGCCCGUGCCCCUCUGUGCCCAGGCUGGCUCUGUCCCCCAGCAUGUACACUCCACUGCGGAUGUCCUGUGGGCCUGCGCGGGCGCUGUGGCAGGCAGGCGGGGCGGGCGCUCAGGGCACUCUCGGCUGCCCCUGCCCGCCCUCCGGCGCGGACGCUUUUGUCUUUGUACC